UUAGCGCCACUUCUUCACUUUCCUCAGUUCUCUUUCAAGUUUCAAGAAAUGUCGUUUAUAGCACGCAGAGGCAUCCAUUACAUGCCAAAACUAAAUGCAGCAAAUGUAUCUACUGCUUUGAUAGAGAAAGGCCAAAAUCGUGUGAUAGAUGCUUCACUUACACUUAUUCGAGAAAGAGCAAAGCUUAAGGGAGAACUUGUGCGUGCUUUGGGAGGUUCAGGAGCAACUUCAACUCUUCUUGGAGUUCCCUUGGGACAUAAUUCAUCAUUCCUUCAAGGUCCCGCAUUUGCACCUCCUCGCAUUCGAGAGGCCAUUUGGUGUGGUAGCACAAACUCAACAACUGAAGAAGGAAAGGAUUUACAGGACGUACGAGUGCUAACUGAUGUUGGUGAUGUUCCUAUCCAAGAAAUUCGAGAUUGUGGGGUAGAUGAUGACAGAUUGAUGAAAGUCAUUAGUGAAUCUGUCAAGUUAGUCAUGGAGGAGGAUCCAUUACGACCCUUGGUUUUAGGUGGUGAUCACUCAAUAUCUUUUCCAGUUGUUAGAGCUGUCUCUGAGAAGCUUGGAGGACCAGUUGAUGUUCUUCAUCUUGAUGCACAUCCUGAUAACUAUCAUGCCUUUGAAGGAAACAUUUAUUCACAUGCUUCUUCAUUUGCUAGAAUCAUGGAGGGUGACUAUGUUCGGCGACUCUUGCAGGUUGGUAUAAGAUCAAUAACAACUGAAGGGCGUGAACAAGCCAAAAAAUUCGGGGUAGAGCAAUAUGAAAUGCGAACAUUUUCAAGAGAUCGCCAAUUUUUAGAGAACUUGAAACUGGGGGAAGGUGUUAAAGGUGUGUAUAUCUCAAUAGAUGUGGAUUGUCUUGAUCCUGCAUUUGCUCCAGGAGUGUCUCACAUAGAACCCGGAGGUCUUUCUUUCCGUGAUGUUCUCAACAUCUUGCACAAUCUUCAAGGUGAUGUUGUUGCUGGAGACGUGGUUGAGUUCAACCCACAACGUGAUACUGUUGAUGGAAUGACUGCCAUGGUAGCUGCUAAGUUGGUAAGAGAACUGGCUGCAAAGAUUUCAAAAUAAUAAGUCUCAUGCCCCAUGAUGUUUACUUCAACGCACUCUUCAUUCACUAUAUGCACCUGGAAGGGAUAGCAUUUCAGAGUGGCAUUCAAUUUUUACUAGGUUUUAUUUGAAGACUUCAAUAAAUAGUUUAUACAAUCUCAAACGUGGUUAAUAUUUCUAAUAUUUUGUAGAACUGUUUUGUUUUCUGUUGGGUUGUAGUUGAGCUUGCUCUUUCAGUUUCAAAAUUUUGGAGAAAUGUUACAAUAUGAUUUAUUAAGAAUUUGUUUUUUUUUUAUAGCCUAAAGGGGUGAUUGAUCUAUGUAACUGAUUACACAU